AUGCAAAGCCAAGGCCCAAUGCCCCCUCCAGGGCCCAUAGCCCAGCCAUCGCCCGAGCAGAUGGCGGCCUUCCAGAGACAGCUCGAGGCCGAUGCGAAGAAGGCCGGCAUGACGGUUCCCCAAUUUAUUGAGCGCAUCAAGCAGCAGCAGAUUGCCAAGAUGCAGCAGAUGCAGCAACAACAGCAAGCCCAGGGGCACCAGCACCCCCAUCCCCAUUCCCACCAGCACGAGGGACAGCAGCAGCAACAGGGACAGCCGCAACCUAUCGUGCCAGGCCCUCCGAAUCCCGUCGCAGUAGCCCUCGCCAAGUUCCUGCGGAGUCAACCGCUCAAGCCGCGCACAUGUAUCCUCAACGGGGAGCGCAAGGACAUGUUUAGAGUCAAACGAGCCCUCCGCGCACUGCAGUCGCCCGAGUACGAAAAGGCGCGGAAGAAGAACCCGGCGCUGCCCGAGAUCACGGACCGGGCGUCGCUCGAGAACACGUUCAAGUUGCUGCCCAUGUCGAUGCUGGCGCUGCGCGUAACCCAAGUGGACGAGCAUGAGGGGCACGACCACGGGCCGGGCGUCUCGCACGGCAAGAAGGGCAAGCGAGUCAAAGGCCUGUGGACGGUGCGUAUCGAGCCGCAGCAGGAGGCCCAGGAAGACAUGUACUACGCGUGGCUGUGGGAGGGCAGCCAGGUCAUGCGCAAAGUGUACGCGGCGCUCGCGUUGCUCGUCAUCUUCGCCGUCGUGCUGUACCCGCUGUGGCCUGCCAAGCUGCGCAUGGGUGUCUACUAUCUCAGCUGGGGCUUCCUCAUCUUCCUCGGCCUCUUCUUCGCCAUGGCCAUCUUCCGCGUCAUCCUCUUCUGCAUCACCUACUUUGUCCUCGCCCCUGGCUUCUGGCUGUUCCCCAACCUCUGGGAGGACGUGUCAGUUGUCGAGAGCUUCAAGCCCGUCUGGGCUUGGCAUGACCCGAACCCCAAGAAGAAGAAGAAGUCAAAGUCAUCCGCCGUCUCUGCUAGCGCCGGUUCCACCUUCUCCGCUACUACGGGACAGCCCGCACCGGCCACGGCAACCACGACCGCCACCGCCACACAGGUCCUGACGGAGCCGCACCAACGGAGCUACGUAGCCCCCCGCGUCGAAGAGCUCGGUGAUGACGAGUGA